AUGGAAGAGAUGAUUCUACAUGCUGCAAGGAAAUCUUUAAAAAUUAAAAAGACAAAAUUUAGAAAUAAAAUUAACAAUGUCUGUAACAAGAAAUGGUUUGACAAAGAAUGUCGACUAACAAGACAUUCAGUUAGAAAACUGGCAAAUCAAAAACACCGCAACCCGCUCAAUGUUGAAAUAAGAAACGAAUACCAUAUUGCCCUUAAGAUUUACAAAAACACGCUAAAUCGUAAGAAAGAAAUCUUUCAUACAAAGAAAUUAGAAGAACUAGAAACAAUUUCUGAAAAUGAACCAAACUCCUUCUGGAAAUUACUAAAGAAUAUGAGUAAUGAGCUUGAAGACCUUUCUACGUGUGAGCCUGAUGUUACUACUAACAGCUGGCUCACUCAUUUUGAAUCCCUGCAUGCGAAACAUACGAUGCUAGGCACUGAACAACAACACACACUAAAUCAAUUAGAAAAACUAGAAGAGGAGAUUGCAAACAAAUUUCUCGAUGAAGCAAUCUCAGAAAACGAAAUCAUUAAUGCUGCAAGGAAAUUAAAAAACAACAAAUCCGCUUAUUCUGAUAAGAUAAGAAAUGAAAUGCUUAAAUCCAGUGCGAGAAUACUGCUCAAAGGAUACCAAAAACUCUUUAACCUAAUUCUAGAAAGUGGAAAAUUUCCAGACCAAUGGUGCGAAGGACCGAUCACGCCAAUUUUUAAGUCUGGUGAAAAAAGUAACCCCAAUAACUACAGAGGGAUUUGCGUGACAAGCUGUCUGUGCAAGUUCCUCUGUAUUGUUCUAAAUGAACGAUUAAGUAAAUUUAGUCUUGAACAAAACUUUAAUACAUCCAUCGCAAAUUGGGUUUCAAUCAGGUCAUAGAACUGCUGACCAUAUUUUUACUUUGAAAACAUUAAUUGACAAACAUAUUAAACAGAACAAAAAUGACAAAAUCUAUGCAUGUUUCGUAGAUUUCAAAAAAGCUUUUGACUCGGUUUGGCACGAAGGUUUAUUUUUUAAAUUACUAGAAAACAAAAUUGAUGGUCAAUUUUAUAAUCUUAUUAAAAGUCUUUACUCAAAUUCAAAAUGCGCUGUUAAACAAAGCAAAACAAGAACUGAUUUUUUCAACUACUCCAAAGGUGUACGACAGGGAUGUAUACGAGUUAUAGAUAUAAAAGAGUUAGCUACUUUGUUUGACAAUACAAGCUCUGAUCCAUUUAUACUUCCAAAUGGAACAAAACUGAGCUGUCUUUUAUAUGCUGAUGACCUAAUCAUACUAUCUAGAUCAAGGUUCGGUCUCGAGAAAUGUCUGGAUGACCUCCACAGCUGGAGUAAUAAAUGGCUUAUGGAGGUGAAUUUAAAGAAAACACAAGUUAUGAUAUUUGAGAAAACAAAUUCUAAAAAAGCGAAACCAAUUUUUAAUCUCGGAAAGAAAGAUAUAACUGUUGGAAAAAAAUACUGUUAUUUAGGCAUUAAGAUGAAUAACAAUGGUAAUUUCACUUUAGCUCUUAAACAGUUGAGCGAAAAAGCCCUUCACGCACUAUACAGUAUGAGAAGACGACUCAAUAUACACCAUCUUAACCCAAAAUCUGCUAUUAAAAUUUUUGAUCGAAUUAUAAGCCCCAUCCUUCUUUACAACUCUGAAGUAUGGCUGGGUGCAUAUGUAAAAACGAUUUUAACAAUUGGGACAAGUUACCUAUUGAAAAAGUCCACCUUAGAUUCUGCAAACUAUAUCUAGGUGUUGGUAAAAAAGCUAGCAAUAUCGCCUCAAGAGGUGAACUUGGAAAAUUCCCUCUAAUUAUUAAUAUCUUCAAAAGACUUUUCAAGUACAUCACUCAUUUGAACUCUUUAUCAGAAACAGCAAUUGCCAAACAAGCUUUCCUAAUCUCAAAAGAUUUGUUUACUAAACAGAACACUUCUUAUUAUGGAAAAGCAAUGGAUAUUUUGAAAGCAUUUAACCUCAACACAGAAAUCACUGACUUGGAAUCAAUCACAACUGAACUUAUUCAACCUAUUACCAAACGUCUUAAAGAAAAUUACCUCACAUUUUGGAAACACAAACUUGAAAAUUCCUCGAAACUAACCUUUUAUUCAACCAUCAAGAUAGAUUACGAACUAGAAAAGUACUUAUCUAUAAUAAAAGACUGA